AUGGCACUCGAUAUCACGGUUCGGGUAAUUCUUUUGAUUGUAACUGUCGGUGUUGUAAGCUGUGAUCAAUUUUUGUUGGAGCAAAACUACACGGAUUCAGAACUCUACGAAAUCGGAUCGUGUAUGGUGAAUUGUGUGACGGUGCCACUGCAGAUGUGCUUCGAUGGAUGCGCCAAUCGAUCGAAGAAUCAUGAUUUAUGGGUAACGAAAAAUGCAUCGGAUUUCUCCAUCAAAUUGGUGUGUCGCGACAGUGUUAAACUGGUGCUGAAUGUGGAUAGUGAAUACCGAAUGGGUUUAAUCAAUAUCAUCAAAGUGAAGCAAAACAACGGAAACGAGUGGAACGAGAUCGUUCUGGUCAGUGACACCCCAGCCGUUGAGAUUGUUAAUCUACAACCAAAUCAAACUUAUCACGCAUCCGCAAUUGUCCUGAUUUCCAGCGUUGAAUUUGCACUUGUAUACCAACCAGCUUCGUUUGAAACUAUGCCUUCGGAUUACAUUCCGGAAGCAAUCAAUGAAACAGAAGUGCUCAGCUUCCAGGUAAACCGACAGGAUGAAAUGUUUGUGGAUGCUAUCAUCGGUUGGAAACCUACCGCGGAUAAGGUUUGUCACUACGCAAUCUUACAUUACUCGCCACAUUCAACACACUUUCAACCGAAUCCAGUUGAAGUGCAUCAACUUGGUGGACCGUAUCAAGCUUCGCUUGAAUCGCUGCAACUCGACGCAGAGUAUGAAGUGGCAGUUCGAGCGAUGAAUCCACCCCUCGAUAGCAGACUGCAGUGGAUAAACUUCCGAACGCCUAGCUGUUUUGAAGUUCACAAUCACAGUCGGUUGUGUGCACCGGAAGCGGUGUCGAACGUGUCUGUUCAGGCCGUUCACCUAUCCGGUAGGGAAUAUCAGUUGAACAUCACUUGGAGUCAACCAGCAAUCCUACCGGAUUCAUACGAGAUCCACGUGUACGAUCUUAACCCGGAUAUGAGCGAUGACUUGGCCCAUUCGGUUUCGCUGAACGCAACCGGCAAUGCCACUGAUAUCCUGGUGGAAUCCUUCCCCGUUAAUGGUGCGCAAUUUGAAGUGUUUAUCGUAGCCCACGCCAACAACCGAACCAGUGCGCAGAACGUCAUAAGUACGGUGCAGCCUGAACGCAGCACCAGGAAUCACUGGAUCGACGCACUGGUGGUGAUUAUCAUCGUCAGUUUGGUAGUGAUUGGUAAAUUCUUGAUUGAUUAUUCUUGUAAACGUUGCGGUCGGAUCAAACGAUAUGACAAACCACGUACGUGGAAAGGUUUGGAACUGAGCAGUGACAUUGAGAUCAAGAUGGAGAACCUGGAGAGCGCUGUACAGUUACAAGUGCUUCCCGGAGAGCUGAUUGCACCGAUCAAUGAUGGAAUGGAGGUCGCUUUGGAACAUAUUCAACUACUGGACGUUUUGGGUGAAGGUGCUUUCGGUUUGGUGCGGAAAGGCGUACUGUCGACGCCUUCGGGAACGACCCGUGAUGUGGCCGUGAAGAUGUUGAAGGAAUGUCCCAGCUUGGCCGACAUUAAAGCGUUUCGACGGGAGAUCGAGGUGAUGAAAUCGGUUGGAGCGCAUCCGAAUAUUGUGUGCGUUGUUGGACAGUAUACGAAGAACGUGACCAAGAUGAUGCUGCUGACCGAGUACUGCAGCGAUGGAAAUAUGCUGGACUACUUACGAUCGGUGUGGAAUGGGAUUCUGAGAUGCCGAUCGUCUUCCAAACUGGGACGGACAACCGAACACGGUUCGGGCUAUGAGAUUCCGCGAACUGACUUUGAAUUUGACACGGAAUCUAUGGUCGAAAACAAGCUUUAUCACCACCAUCAUCGAAAAUCAUCGCAGGAGUACGAUAAUCAGUGCUAUUUCGAUGAAGACAAAAAAGAAGAUCGAUACUCCAUCAAGAGCGACAAGCUGAUCGAGUUUGCGCAACAGAUAGCAUUUGGAAUGGAGUUUCUAGCGCGAAAUAGGGUAGUCCACCGAGACUUGGCUGCAAGGAACAUCCUGGUGUUGGACGGAAAGGUUGUCAAAAUAUCCGACUUUGGGCUGAGCCGUGACAUCUACCAGGAUAACGUGUACCACAAAACAACCAACGGAAAGCUGCCGAUCAAGUGGCUUGCCCUGGAAUCGCUGACCCACCAGGUGUACACGUCCCAGAGCGAUGUGUGGUCGUUCGGGAUAGUGCUGUACGAGAUUUGUACUCUCGGUGGAAAUCCCUAUCCGCUGCUGUCGACGAGCAAGUUGCUGCUGCAACUCAAGGGUGGCUAUCGGAUGGAGAGACCGGCCAGCUGCAGCGAGGAUUUGUACGCACUAAUGCUAAGCUGUUGGAAUGCUGUGCCGAGUGAACGACCCACCUUUUCGGCGGUGAGAAAUCGGUUGCGAAAACUGAUCGACCAGAGCAAGGAGUCCGGUCAACCUGUGAUUGAUCUAAAUGCAAUUGUAGAUUAG